CAGCACAAUGGAAGCGCUGUCUGUGUACCACGGGGCCAUCAGCCGAGAGACGUGCGAGAAGCGUCUGUAUGAAGCAGGCAAAGACGGCAGCUAUUUAAUUCGAGACAGUGAGAGUGUUCCCGAUGCAUACUGCCUCUGCGUUCUGUGUAAUGGUUUUGUCUACACAUACCGGCUCCAGAGAGACGCAGCGGGCUCCUGGGCGGCCGAGACAGCACCAGGUCACACUAAACGCUUGUUCCGAAAAGUCAAGAAUUUGAUCAGCGCCUUUGAGAAGCCGGACCAGGGCAUCGCCAUUCCCCUGCGCUACCCCGUGUCUGUCCAGAAGCCCUGCUAGAAGCAUCCUCAC